GUCCGUAAAUCCCUGAGAGGAGGAGCAGAGAGCUUGGAGCCUGGCUGCUGUCAGUGGUGCCCAGUGCCAGGACAGGAGGCAGUGGGCACAAACUGGGGUACAGGAGGCUCAAUCUGACCAUCAGGAAGCACGUCUAUGCUGGGCAGGUGCCAGAGCAUUGCCACAGGGACUCCAGGAUUGUGGGUCUCUUCCUUGGGGAUCUUCAGAAGCUGCCUGGAUGUGGUGCUGGGUGUCCCUGCUGGAGCAAGGGUUUGACCAGAUGGACCCAGAGGUCCUUUCCAGCCUCAACCCGCCUGUCCUUUUGUGACUUUGUGUUUGCUUGCACUUAAGGUGGUUUAUAUUUUUAAGAGAUUAAUUCAGGGGAAGAGCUUCAGACCCUUAGAGAGAUGUUAAGGCACGGUUUAGGCAACAGGGUAUAGUGGGGCAGGGGAUUUCAGGGGGGAGCUGAAUGUUGGGGUUUGAGUUCCAUGUAAUGUGCGUUGUGUGUGGUGGUUGAUAGGAGUAUGUCUGGACGUAAUUUGUGAUGGAAGGCUUUAUAUUCACUUCUCUUUGAUUAUGAGUACAAAGCCUGUAGGCUUCAUUGUGGCCUAUAGGCUUUGGAUAUCUGCAAACCUUGCUUUAAAGGUUGGCAUCCAUUGCUUUCAGAUGGGGUUUUUUAUUCAGUACUAAAUCUGGAGAGAUUUAAACUAAAUCUGUCUGCUUCAGGGGUCUCCUGGGCUAUGGUAGCAUUUACUACAGCUGCAAUAGGAAGAUCAAAACUUGACAUGUUUCUGCAUGUCUUUAGGUUUCCAACUGGCCUUUGUUUAGAGAAAAGGGAGAUGUGAUUCUGACCAGGGAGAGAAAAUCAGUGCUAAAGAUGGCAAAAUGUUACCCAUUCAUGCUGUACCAUUCUUAAAAGGGAACUUCUGCUCAUGAGGGUUACAUAAAAUAACUUCCUAAAGAGUAUUAUUUUAAAAAUAAUCCCCACUCCAUCAGCUACUUUCUGGUGUGUGUUUGCUUUCAGAGCCUUUCACAUAGAUUCCAAGUACAGAAAUGAAGGCAGGAGUUUCCUUAGAAGUGUGAUGCUAGUGAGUUGGAUCUAAUCUUCUCUGGAGGAGCUUGCAUAACAGUAAGAAAUCUGACUUGGGCUGCCUCAGUAAUCCCUACGUAGUCAGUGUGGAGAGUUAGCUGCUGCUUAGGCAAUGAGGGAUGGAGGAGCUGCCUUAUGAAGAAGUUCAGUUAGGUGCCUGCUGUGGGAAUGGCCUGAGGAGUCCCGUUUGCUGGAGGGCUGGUAAAUAAUACUGCUUGGGGGAGUCCUGAACAGUUUUCUGCUGAAGUGUAGGAUGUGCAGGUGCUUCAUAUAAAGAAAAUAAUAAUAAAUGCUUACUUCAGUUAUAAAUUACAGCUUGUUCUUUACUGGCUUUGUGCUAGGAAAAUUGCUGGGCUCCACCAGGUGUUAGUGACUCAUACUCCAGAAGAUUUGAUAUGUGCUUAAUCAAAAGGCACAAAGACGUUGUCAGAGUUCAGGACCUGAGUUCAAAGGCCUGCCACGUAAAGUCCAGUGCACAUACUUUGGGCAGCUAAUCAUAAGCAAACAGAAAGGGGCCAGAGGAGGAAACGCCUCUCAGAAGUCUCUGUAGGUAAUAACUGAGAGUGACACACAGCUCUUUGCUUCGGUGAGGAGCAGGGUGUUAGCUGAGCGAACGUGCCUUCAGGCCGUGUGAAUGGGAGGUGUGGAACCAGUGAAGGCAUCUCCAGCCAUUUUGCUCUCAGAUAUCCUAAGGUUUGAGCCUCCACAUCUGUGCUGGGAGGUGAUGGGAGCUGCACUGUUGGUCUUCUGGCAUCUUGUGCUGAGUGCUCAUGGCGUGUCUGAAGGACAGAUCUCCUGUGUGAUCUGAAUGUACCAGGUUGUCCUCAUGAGUACUCCAGUGGAGAAUGUCCAUGAUCUUCUUUGCCUGUGUGGUGCGGGUGAGAGACGGUCUUCCCCUCUCAGCCUCCACAGACUUUCAUUUCAACCAGGACUUUCUGGAAUGCAGAAAGAAAUUGAAGGCAUUAUCCUCAGUUCUGGCACGGUAUCCAAGUCGAGGCACAGCAAAAGGACGUGACCUUAGCAUACAUUUCCUGUCUUCUGGGGAGAUUGCCUGCAUGGCCAUCUGUUCCAGCAGUUACUCAACCAUCAUGGCAUUUUGCUUCCUGGAAGAGCUUCAAUGGGCAUUUGCUGCUUCCUAUGACACAACGAGCAUCAAUUUAGCUUCCAGACCGUAUGCUUUUCUUGAAUUUGAUAAUGCCAUUCAGAAAGUAAAACACCGCUUUAACUACAUGAGUGGCUCUGCAACGAAGGUCAGCUGGGAGAAGGUGGAGGAAGAGCUGAGGUUGCAGCCCCCUGUUCAGCUGAAGCUGGAGGAUGCAGAGCUGAUGAAUGGGAUGGCUAAUGGUGGGCAUGCAGGAGUGCAUGUGGAGGUUGCCCCUGCUUACAGAAUGCAGCGUGUGACCCCCCUGGGCAUUCUGUCACUUGUUCUGAACAUCAUGUGUGGAGCUCUGAAUCUCAUCCGAGGAGUUCACCUGGCAGAGCAUUCCUUUCAGGAGGACUAUGAAGGAAUUGGAAAUGUGGUAGCAUUUUUUCUACCUUUUCUAGCCUGUGUUUUUCAGUGUUAUUUGUACCUAUACUACAGCUCAACGAGGAAGGUGAAGACAUUUGUACUCUUUUUCUCUGUUUGUUUAUGCAAUAUUUACUUGUAUGGAUUACGGAAUCUCUGGCAGAUAGCCUUUCACAUAGGAGUGGCAUCUCUUUCCUCCUACCAGAUACUGACAAGGCAACUUAUGGAGAAACAACCUGACUGUGGAGUAUGAAAAAGACUUUGGGUUCGCAACUCUCUUUUUACCAUUUUCUUUUAUUUUGUAUUAAAAUGGCCAAAAAUAGCUUGGAGUAUUUUUAAAUAUUUCUGACUGCAAGGAGGAUGUUUCAAAGCAACAUGAAGUACAGUAGUAUCCUGUUGUAACGUUAUUCACACGGUGAAGAAUUCAGCUGUGUUCCACAUGAUGUGUGGUAAUUGUGCAUGAUAGAUUUUGUCAGGUGUCAUCAAUGAGUCGAGGUUCUCCUUACCAUAAGCAGGCUCUUACUACUUGACUAACACCAUCCAGACUGCAUUUUGCCAUCUGUCUCGCUGGCUUUGUGACAGUUUGGCAGCCCAAUGUCUUGGCCUGCCAAUGCUUCUGAAAAUAUUAAAAACGUAUAGUAAAGUGAAGGUAAAGUGGUGGGUGACAUUUUUGUCUAUAGAAUUUAUUAAACAUUAAGAUUCUUGGUAAAUGUAAGGAAAAGAGUAGUUUGCCAUAGUUAGGUGAGUUCAUUAUCAGUGGGAAAAAGUGUUAGGAUGAGAUUCAGGGUAUAUUUUUCCUGGGUUUUGAAGAAGGAAAGGAAAAGACUGGCUUCUUUAAAAACCCUAGAGGCUAUAAAUAUCUCCUGGCUAAACAGCGCAUUGUCAUUAACUGUGGGCUUAUUGUUUAAUCCCAAAUGUGCUUAGGGCAGCAUAAAGUGAACCAAGCGAAUACAAGUGACCUUUCAGCUCAGGUGGCCUUUAUUUCCUUGGUUAAGGUCACUCACUGUAAGGGCAGUUCCAUGUUUGCUUGGUCUGUACAGAUAAUAAACCUUCCAAGCCUCCUUAAGACAGACCACUGACUCCUUCACCUUUAGAACGAAGUAUAGCUUCUGAGUUGAAAGCCAUCUCCAGUAAUGGAGAGCAAGAGCAGGUUCUCUUUUUUUUAAUCUGAAACACCUUUAGGUAAUGGUGUUGAGUUCUUACCCUAAGAUGAACUUAUGAGCGUGCAAGUUUGGAUGUAGUACUUAGGAGCUGAGUUUCUUCACCUCUGCUGCACUGGAUAUUCCUGUACGUGAUGCAGUUUGGCACGUAUAUGAACACGUAAGGCUGCCUGUGCUUAAAAAAAGCACAGCAUUUUGAUGCCACUGUCCCUGAAGGAUUGUCAAAACUCAAACUGAAAAGAUACAGGGAACUGUAGGUGUGUUAUUGUCCAGUUAUGGGUCUAGCUCUUCUCUUUUAUUAUUUUUUUUUCUUAUAAGCCUAUUUCCUGGUGACCCCAUUUCCUCCAUGAAAAGUCUUUCACCAAAGAUAUCUUUUCUUCUCUCUUAGUUUCUACCUCUGGUGGUUGCAGAGAGAUGAACACCAUGCAGAGUUUUCUUCCUGAGUUUGCAGGAAUGCACAGCAGAAUAACUUUCUUGCAUAUCUGUGAAUUUCCCUGGAAUCUCAUGCCAGCAUUGCAAGUGUCAGUGGGCUGCUAGACCAGAAAUGUGUAGCACCUUGGAAGCACUUCUUUGAUUCUUCUGACUACAACCUGCAGUCCAUUAUAACCUGAAUGAUUUCUGAGACAUAAUGGUAGCAGAGUUUUUUCAGAAGUAAAAUAGAAGCAUUUCUCUUCCAUCUCAUGCUGGCCAAUUACUGUCACAAUAAAUAGUGAGAUCCUUUAAAGUGCUUGGAAGUAUGUAGUAGAGAUGAUGGAGAAAGAUUUCGGCCAGCCAGUUAGGAACACUGCUAAGGCCAUGUGCUGUAAGGGGGUGGGUUAACAUUGGUUCUCUGUCAUAUGCUCUGGCAGAAAACUGGAGCUAAGUGGAAGAUGAAGCCAGUGUUGAGCCAUUGUCCUUUUGGCACCCGGGGGUCCCCACAGAUAUGGAGGUUUUAGAGCUGUCAGAUUCGGUUUCCAUGCUGGUCAGUCCCAGUUUUACUUAGAGAGGAGCUCUUUCAGUGCGAUUGGAGGCUGCAGGGAACUAAGAAAUGCAGCUGGAUUACAAGUAAUUCAAGUAAUUACAAAGUAAACCAUCAAAAAACCCAACCAGCCCAACCCCUGACCUCCAUAUUGUCUCCAGAAAGCUUGAAAACAUAAAAAAAAAUCUCUUAGUAGAAAUGAAUGCUUUGCUAACCCAGUUUGGUGGAGACAGCUGUGCCCAUGGGAGGCAACUGGAACUGGAUGGCCUUUCAAGUUGCUUCCAACCCAAGCCAUGUUGUAAGUCUAAGGAAGAUAGUGGCUCUGACACGUUUUUGGUUGCCUAGGGUGUGAACUGGCAAUCAGCCUACUGGCUAACCAUGGGGAUCUCACCCUGAGGGGAAAGGAUAAAGCAUUUCCUACUACAGAAACUUAGUGAAAGGGACCUCAGUGACAUCCUCAGACUCCCAUUUCCUCCCCUUUUCGCCUCCAUCAGCCUUGAGAAUCCAAAAGAGCUGUUCUGGUUCUCCAUAGGCUUCAGUAAAGCUGGUUUGCUGUCACAUAAGGCAUGCAGAUCACAGCCAGGGCAUGGGGCCAGGGAACCAUUAUCUUCUUUGUGUUUCACAUCCCACUAUUUAGCUGACAGGAAGAAACUGUAAUACUCCUGAUGGCUCCUGAGCAUCUGUCUGCUUUAUGAUAAAACAAAUGCAUCCAGGUGAUGUGUGCAAUAGCUCACUUCAGUGAGAAGGGUAGAACAAGGUGUUAAGAAAGCUCUUGUAAUUAACCUAAUUAGAGUUGAUAAGAGAUUAAAUUCAGCUUUCCUUUAAUGUUUUCUUCCUGAGAACCUUUUGUCAAAUGAAAUCAGUUGGUGCAAUUCUACCCUCAUGGAAAUGCUUUUGUGGAACGGAUAGAGGAUGCGACUGGAUCUCCUCUGAACAGACAAAGCUCUGGUUUGCUGCAAGGCUUAAUCCCUUUACAACCUUUGAUUUUUCCUUAUUAAGCCAUAUUAAGGAAUCUCUGUGCAUUCACAUGAGCAUCGUAUCUGUGUACGUUGCAGGUGUGGGUUUUGAUUUGGGUACAAGGAAGAGCAAAUGUUGUUUGACCCAACUUCUGUUUUGUGUUGCUAUUUAGAAUGGCUUCUGUAUCCAUAUGGCAUUGACACAGUUAAACCUUUUCCUCCAGCAAAACAGCAGGAGGACUAGCAUAGCUUACACUGAUUUCAGUGCUUUAAGAUUUAAUAAAAAGGAAUGACUUGCAGUUUGAGUACAUGAAAUCUGACUCAUAGCCUGGGAUUACGGCUGUGUUGAAUCAAAUCCCCAAACAGGAAUCCAUCCCUUUUUGUUCAAGCUGUUGAACGCAGGUUGACUUGUAUCUCCUUAACUCUGCCAGUUUGUGAGUCCCUGGGAGGUUCUUCUCCUCGCCCAGCAGCACAGCGUGAGAAAAUUGGCACAGAGGAAACUUCAUUAAUUUAAAGAUUUGCAGCGCGUGGUCACUUUAUGAAACCGAUUUCCUGUUCUUUUUUCUCCUCCUCUUGAAUACCUGCUAAGUUUAUAGAAGGUGGGCUGGUACCUUUUUAGACGUUUUUGCACUGUAUUAAUAAUUAAACCUGUGUAAAUGUGUAUAAAAUCAUUUUGCAUGUUUAUGUAUAUAUGUACAUAACUAAUAAAUGGCUUUUUUUUUUUUU